UUGGUGUAUUUCAUUCAUCGCAAUUGUUAACCUGCAAAUUUUCAUUAUCAAUCAAGUCUAUUAUUUAAAUUAUAUUUAGUACGUGUUUUUGUCAUGUCUGAGUGAUUACAGUGUACUUGCAGAUAAUUUUAAAAAUAUCAAUUCUCUAGUAAGCCAUUCAAAAUAAUUGAUCAUGUCAAUUGUACGAAGAAGUCAACAAUGGGGCACAUUUGCAAGAAUGUGGCACGUUUUUGAUGCUACAUGGCAAGAUCCUUACCAAAGUUCACAAAUAAUUGCCAAGUAUCUUUUAGGCAGACAUAAACCUAUUUCUCAUCCAAUGAAUCGCUGUGGGGAUCAUGUGGUCGUUAUAAAUAGCAGUGAAAUUGCACUGAGAGGCGAUGAAUGGCAAAUGCGAGUUUACUUUCAUCAUGAUACGUAUCAUGGUGGAGCUUCUUGGACUAAGGCUUGGGAACUGCAUAAAAAGGACCCAACAAUGAUUAUGAAAAAAGCUGUUUAUAGAGCUUUAGGAAAUAAUCUCACCAGACAUCAAGCUUAUGCGCGUCUUCAUGUAUUUUUAGAUGAUAAGAUUCCACUCGAAAUACAACAAAAUCUAAGCAGUCAAAUUAAGCAGUUAAGACCUGUACCUCAGAGGUUGGAUCAAAUAUCUCCAGAAGAGUUGGAAAAUUUCCCACAAAUUGUUAAAUUACCAGAAACUUAUGUGUUAACAUAAAAAAUUGUUUAUAAGACUUGGUUGUUUUUAUACUACUUUUUAUUUCAUGUUUUUCCUAUUUUCUAAACUAAGUAUAAUAUUACAAAACGUGUAAAGGUUUGUGUAACACAUAUUCUUUUAAAACUAUGUAAAACUGCCAUAAACUUAUACUGGAAGAUCUAUGAAAUUCAUUCAGCAAA